GGUGUGUGAUAUCACCGAUGACGUACACCCGCGGAAUGGCGACGCGAGUCAUAAGGUAAACACGCACCUCCAGUCGAUUGCGGUCAGCCGACGGACAACAAUCUAUAUCUAGGUGAUAAGGGAGCGAAGAACAAUUACGUCAUAAUGUCGCACACAGUGACUGUGAGGACCGCAACGGUCACCACGAGCACCUCCAGCAUUCUCAUCAACACGGGAUUCAUGAAGACCUAUCGGGGAAUUCUUAAAGUUCUGGAGUUUAUACUGGGGAUCAUCUGCGUGGGAAUCAUGGGCUAUUUAUUCGACUACAGCGUUGCUGUAUCACCCGGCAGUUUGUUUUUCUUUCUGAUGAUCACAACUUUCAUGAUCGGAACUUUUAUUCUGGUCUUGAGCUCUUUGUUUUCGAUAUCUUCUGAAGCGAUGAUCUCCAAAACUCUUUAUGAAGUAUUGUACCAUGCUGUUGCAUUUGGUUUGCUGCUCGCAGCAUCCAUAAACUUCAUGAUGCUGGUGAAUGACGAGAGGCGAGGGGUUACGAGAAACUAUAAUCUUCACGUAGCGGCCGGAAGUAUGAGCCUUGUCAAUACAGUAUUAUAUCUCCUCAGUACGAUAUUCGGGAUUCGAUCGUACAAAGGACUAUAACGCACAGUCGCGAGCCCACCUCACGAUUAAUCAAAGUUGCGUAAAGCCAAUGCAUUCUCGUUAUCUGCAGAUAUCUCCGAUGUAAUCGGCGAAUUUUUCACUUAUUUUUGGAGCAAAUAUACACUCACAGAUCGUCGAUAUUUACAUGAGCUCAUGAAGUCUGAUCGUUGAAAACAAUGUACGCUUAAUCCAAAUCGCCAUUUCUAACUUAGUUGUAUUUUUUAUCUAGUUCACACAUAGAUUGCACAAUUUAUUUACAAGAUUUUUUAACCAAUGAUUUUGAUUUAUUUUUCUUGAGAAAAAUUGACAUUAUUCGCAGCUGAUCAUUGAAGCUGAUGAAUUUGUAUGAAAUUUACAAUUUGUACAAUUUAUAAUUUACGAUGUGUGUAGAAUAUCUCUAAAUAUUUAUACUGAAUGUUUGGAAUAAUUAAAUAAACUAUUGUAUAUCAAUAAUA